UGUGGUUACUACGACCAAGACUUACAUUGUGACUUAUGAAAAAACUCAACAAAAAUCCAGUGGAAGGCUUUUCAGCAGGUUUAAUAGAUGACAAUGAUCUCUACCGGUGGGAAGUCCUUAUUAUUGGGCCUCCUGAUACACUUUAUGAAGGUGGUGUUUUUAAAGCUCAUCUCACUUUCCCAAAAGAUUAUCCCCUCCGGCCUCCUAAAAUGAAAUUCAUUACAGAAAUAUGGCACCCCAAUGUUGAUAAAAAUGGUGAUGUUUGCAUCUCUAUUCUUCAUGAACCUGGUGAGGAUAAAUACGGUUAUGAAAAACCAGAGGAACGCUGGCUCCCUAUCCACACUGUGGAAACUAUCAUGAUUAGUGUCAUUUCGAUGCUGGCAGACCCUAAUGGCGAUUCACCUGCUAAUGUGGAUGCUGCGAAAGAAUGGAGGGAAGACAGAAAUGGAGAAUUUAAAAGAAAAGUUGCCCGCUGUGUAAGAAAAAGCCAAGAAACUGCUUUUGAGUGACAUUUAUUCAGCAGCUAGAAAUUUCACUUAUUUCAGGGUCUCCAAUUGAGAAACAUGGCACUGUUUUCCUGCACUCUACCCACCUAUUGCUGGACUUCUGUCGCAACAAGUUGGCAAACACUGGCUGGAACUGGGCUGCAAUAAAACAUGCCAGUCAUUGAUGCUGACAAGAGCCUAACAAGUGCCAACUUUCAAAUGAUUACGCAUUUUGAAUUCUAAUGAACUGUUUUAACCUUCAGGAAGAAUUGUAAAGACCUGUACAUAGCACAACAUGAUCCGGAUAAUAUAUAUACUGUUCAUGUACAUCCACAUACACACCUGUACCAAAUAAUGCUUUCUUGUAGUAGAAUAAGAAUCGUGUAAAUUCUAAAAGAUUUUAGCAGGUUUUCUUUCCUUACUCAUUGUUUCUUAUCAAUUUUAUAAGACUCCUUAAAGCAUGUCAGAUCAAAAGCAAUUAGGAUUAAAAGUUUCCAUUUAAUUUCCUUUAAACCAUUAAGGCUUCAUUAAACUCCUUUCACUUACUAAACUUUUCUAUCUUCUUUGUUUUGACACACUCCCUUUUGCUUUUGUUUCUUCUGCCAGAAAGUUCUCAAAUCAUUUAGUUCGAAUACUGAAAUAGUUAAUAAGCAGUGACUUGAUUUUUAAUGAUGACGCUAGAGGAGUGGUCAUCACUAGGUGCUUUGUCCUUUUUGUAUUCUAGUUGCAACCUUGGAUUGGAUGUAGCAAUAAUAUUUUCUGGCUGUUAAGAGCUCUUGAACCCAGUCAUUAUCCCCAAGAACUAAAAAAACACUGUUGGUUCUAAAUUCAAUUUACUGAAAUUUACCACAAACAAUAGAAAAUUCUUGUUUGGUUUUAUUUUUGCCCUCAAUAACCCAAUAUUAAGGGUGGAUAAAUAAAGCAUGCAUAGCUACUGGCUUUUUACUUCUGGGUUUGCUAUUAAAAAUGCUAUUUGCCCUCACACCCUUCUUAGUCCUUCAUAUUUCUUUGCCUCUAUUCUUCUAUACUGCAGAUUUUUCCUCAACUAUUGUACAAAGAAAUUUACGAUGUAUAUUUUCAUGUAAUUUGAUUUUGGAAUUCUGUCACCUUAUGUAGUGAGUUCUUCCAAAAUACAAUUUUUUCCCAAUAAUUGUCAAGUUGUUGUUGGCUUUUAUUGUAUUGAAUGAAGGUUAUAAUACUGAAUGCCAGAGAAGUGCAGUUUAGAAAAUCUCAGGUUGAUUCCUUAUGCAAACAAACUUAAUACUUGAAAAUCACAUGGCCAUGGCAGUAUGUAAAUUGGGUUCUAUCUAGAUUCUUAACAUGAAUCUAAAAAGCACUACAGGAGUAAAUGGUUUGCUAUUUGACAUACAGAUUCUGUCACUGACAGCACUCUUGGAUUUGAUUAAUGUCUGAGCAUAAGUUUCAUAUUAUAAUUUUAAAAACAACUUUAAUUAGCAACUGAUAAAUGAGUACUGCAGUGUUAGAGAGGGGCCUAGGCUUUUCUCUUUUUGUUAUGAGGUUGAGAGUGGGAAGUAGUGUUUGGCAUAUAAGGGGUAGAACUUGAGGCAUCACCAGAUGGGGCAUAGUAAUUGAUUGUGAGAAUUAGUGCAUCUCUGCUCUGCAGGGCUUUGGCAAUAAUGCUCUGGCAGAAGAGUUCAAGGAUUCUUGCCAAAGUCUAGACCUCUGUCAAAUUCUUAUGUCCUUUUUAAAGUAGAAGUGAAAUGGUUCAGGUCACGUAGAGACUGAAUUUUUUCCUAAAUACCAGUCUGUUUUUCACUCUGAAGUAUUGUAAAAACCAUAAACAAUAUAAAAAACAGUAAUUGUAAAAAUUGAGUUGAUGCACUGGAGCCCAAUUUUCUUUGAUAAUUUGGUGACUUAAAAAAAAAAACCCCAAAACUGUAAAAAUUGUUACCCCAAAGUGCUAGCACUGCACUCCUACAAGGAACUUGAAAUGCAAUCCUUUUUACUCAGAUCAGAAAUUGUUCACAUAGUGGUUGCUUGUGGCAAGAUGGAGUUGGAAUUUUCUUCUCCUAUUGCUAUAAUUCUGCCAGCAAUCUGUUAAAAACCUGGGAUUUGACUCCUCAACGAGUAGCUAAUGACCUAGUACCUCAGGGACAACUAUUUCUGAACUGUAAGUGCCACUUUAAUACAGUUGGUUUGGUAUAACCAUGUGGUUACUUAGGGCUAGAUUUAGGGGAGUGGAAGAGCCAGAAGUGAAUGCCUCUCUCCUCACUCUUUCCACCCUGUGCCCUGACCAUGCUACAAACAGAAACACAGGCCUCAAUGGAUGUUAGGACUUCUUUUCCUCUGUCAGAGAUAUCAUCUGUGCCUUUCCCAGUGUUCAUCUGAUAAUGUGAACUUAAAUGCCUCUCUGCUAUUAAACUCACUCGGGUGACACUGAACCAGGUGGUUUUUGUCCCACCAGUGCCUCAUCAUUAAUGUGAGGUAAUUCUUCUCUGCUUUAGGAAAAGGAUUUUUCCCUCCUAACCUUGUGCCAAUCAUCAACAUCUACAUAGUCCUUUGGGUUGUAGAACUGUUGGCUGUUUCCUGAAUUUAUUCCAAGUUCUUGUAGAGGUUUUUAUAGAUUCAGUCUGUGUUCAUAAUGGAUCUCUCAGUGGCUUUCUGGCCACCUCUUGAGUUAAAAAUCCGCAUGAAUUUGAUUUCCUUGUCAUUAUAAACCUUGUAAGUUCAUGAGGUUAUUCCACUGGUUCUGUGAUCACUUGGGGUGUCAUGGUUAUCUUUAAUGGCCUUUAUUCCCAGUUGUGAAAUUUUAUAUGCUCACUCACUCUACAAAUCUGCCCUCUUUGGGUUGUGGUGCCUGUGUAUCUUGCCCGUCUGGUCUCCAGUUGGUGGAAUUACCUUUUUUGUACUGCCACUUCUCAGCAUCUUUGAAAAUUUGACAUAAUGUUGCUUCAUUCCAGUUUUCUUUCUUUUUUUUUAAGUUCUGUAAUUUGUUGAUUGUAUUUAACUAUGUGAGUUUUGUUGUGAUGUUUACUGUAUUGUAAAGCACCUCAAUCAUGUGAUGGGUGCUCUAUAAAUCAAUAAAUGAUGACUUAGAGGCUGUAUCA